GUAGUCGCGUAAACCAAAUAACAUCGCCUAGGAAUUGCCUAAUCCCAAACAUACUUCACUUACGCAUAACCGACAGCACUAUGCCCUCUCUCAAAGCAUCAUACGAAGUAGGACUUGAUUUCCUAGAGUUUUUGGGGGAACGGAUAUCGAAAACUGACAAAAACGAGCUUCGAAAGAUUUACAACUCAGAGUUUAAAAGGGAUGGAAGGAAAGAACCCACAUUUAACAGUGUGAUCAAUGCCUUAAAAGUGUGUAAUAAAGCCAGCAUAAAGCCUGGGAAAGUUAUGUUUCAUGGCAAACCAAGGGUGCGUGUGUACUACUGCGAUCAGUGGAAGUCUUUCACACAGCAGAAAACCAGCAGGGUAACCCCAGACUCUUCCCCGGCCCCAGCAUCUUCUUCCUCCUCUCCUCUGACCACUAACCCUGUCCUGACCCCGAAGAGAAAACUCGCAUCAGAAAUCCUCAGCAAACUCAGAGUGAAACGAGCUGAGCUCAUCAAAGACAAAGGAGGUGUUGAAAUAACCUCUGAUCCUAAGGGCACCAAAGGGAAGGUGAUGUUCAGUAUAGAGGGGCUUGGAAAGCUGUUUGUGGUGAAGUUUCGUAUCAUAAAUCAGGGCCAGAGCUGUGUCUACUUUAGCUACUACACAGCUCUGCACAGGAUGCUCUGCUUCACUUUAGUGGAUGAGAGGAGAGUAAAUCGUGUUUGCCCUCUUCUCCUGUGUCCAGGUGAGAGUUAUGUUGUGGAGGUGCAUUACAAAGUCCAGCACAAUGGACACUUUCCAGCCACCAUGUACUUUGAGUUCUGCCCAGAGUCAGAGCCCCCAGGAACAGCUAAACCAUUCUGCAUCGUCCGGGAACUGGAGGCAGUGGUUCAGACCCAACUAGCUGCACAACUAGGCCCAGAGAGCCCAUACAACCCCAAACAGAACAGACGAUUCAGACCUAAGAACAGGAUUGUAGAAGAAGGGGUACCACCUGAGAGUAUCGUGACACACGCUCUGAAGCUUAUGGUAAAGCUGAAGGAGUAUAAUUACCCAGCAUACUUGAAGGAGUUGGCCAGACAUAAACUGGAGGACUCUGAAGGCCUGUCCCCCUCAUUAAGACAGCAACUUCCCAGAGUGAGGGGUGUGUUGGAGGCUCAGCUAUGCAUGAAGUACUAUACUGUGCGCUUCCACCUCCUCCUCCACCUGGAGGAGAUUCAGAUGGAAGUGGAUAUCAAGAAGUAUGACCUCCAUGGCCAGGUCAUGACCCUUGACAAAGCCAACAAAAAGCUGCUCAUUCUCAAAGUACCAGGGGUGGCAGAGAACAGACCAUCUGUACUGAGAGGAGAUCAACUAAAUGUAUGCGUAUCAACGGACAAGGACCAGCCCAUCACUGUCUACAGUGGCUACGUCCAUCGUGUUGAGCUAGAGAGAGUUAAACUCGGCUUCUCCAAGAAGCUUCUCCAGAGGUUUGUUAAUAACAUGAAGUUUGAUGUGGAGUUCAACAUUAAUCGCUUCCCCAUAAAGCUUCAGCACAGAGCAGUGGAGCUCGCUGUCCAGCAUGGACUGGGAGAUGUGCUGUUCCCCUCUGAUAAUGGCAACAAAAACUAUACACUGCCACACAUCAGAAUGUUCAACAAGUGUUUAGAGAACAACCCUGAGCAGAAGGCAGCAGUGCAGCACAUUGUGUUGGGCACGUCCAAACCAGCACCAUACUUGAUCUUUGGACCUCCUGGCACAGGCAAAACUGUCACAUUGGUGGAAGCCAUAAUGCAGGUGAACAAAUCUGUUGUCAACGGCCACAUCCUGGCCUGUGCUCCCUCAAACAGUGCAUGUGAUCUGUUGUGUGAGAGGUUAUUAGGAUACGUCGAUGCCCAUCGCCUGUAUCGUCUCUAUGCCCCCAGUAGAGACCCUCGUACUCUACCAAAGAAACUGCUGAAACACAGUAACUGGAAUGAUGCUCAGGACAGCUUCUACCUCCCAUCUAGAGAAGUGAUAAUGGACUUCACAGUCGUCGUGGUUACCUUGGUCACCGCUGGAAGGCUUGUGUCAGGAGGCAUUGCUAAGGGUCACUUCACACACAUCUUUAUAGAUGAGGCUGGACAAGCUGUGGAGCCCGAGAGUAUCAUCGCGAUUGCGGGUUUGCUUGACCCUGUGAAGGGCCAGCUGGUUCUGGCUGGAGACCCACAGCAGCUGGGCCCUGUAUUGAGAUCUCCAUUGGCACAACUACAUGGACUGGGGCAAUCACUCCUAGAGAGGCUUAUGACACAGAACACUCUCUAUCAGAAGAUCCAGGAUGGUAACCCUAGAUAUGACACUCGCUUUGUCACAAAGCUUCUACGCAACUACAGGUCUCAUCCCGCCAUCCUCAAGAUCCCCAACGAGCUUUUCUAUGAGAAUGAACUGCAGGUGUUUGCGAACCAGAUGGAGCGAGAGGCCUUCUGUCGCUGGGAGCAUCUUCCUAAGAAUGGAUUUCCUGUGGUAUUUCAUGGAGUGAUGGGGAAAGAUGAAAGAGAGGCCAACAGUCCAUCAUUCUUCAACGUGACCGAGAUUGAGGUCAUCGUCAGCUACCUUAACAAACUCAUGCAUACGCAGGGCAAGAAGGGGCUUCCCAAACUUACCACCAAUGACAUCGGCAUUAUCGCCCCUUACAGGAAGCAGGUGGAGAAGGUUCGGAAAGCUCUGAACACUGUGUCAGAAUUGAGCAAGUGGAAAGACAUCAAGGUGGGGUCAGUGGAAGAGUUCCAGGGUCAGGAGAGGAAAGUCAUCAUAGUGUCCACCGUCCGCAGCAGCAUCAACUACGUCAAGAUGGACCAAGACUUCAACAUUGGCUUCCUCUCAAGUCAUAAGAGGUUUAAUGUGGCCAUGACUAGAGCCAAAGCCUUGCUCAUUGUGGUGGGAAACCCAGUCAUACUAAGCAAGGACCCUACUUGGCAGAGGUUUAUCCGAUACUGUGAACAUGAGCAGGGCUAUACUGGUUUUGACUACAAAGAUGCUGAAGGGGAAGAGGAUGUGGUCACUCGGCUGGCAUCUUUAAAAAUCACUUCAGAUGAUGUGGAUGAGAGCCCUUUACAGCAGCACGUGCACCCAGAGUGGAGAGGAGAACAAUGAGGACUAUCAAAAAUCAAUUUUGUGUGAACUUUCCCCUUUAAGAUACAACGGGAAUUUUUUAUUUUUAUAGGGAAGUACAGUAUUGGCAUUCCACUAUGACUCAUCUUUACACAUUUAUAGCAGCAAAUUAAAAAAUGCUAAGAAUAUUCUAUUUACAAUUCAACCAGUGAAUGUAAAUAUUACUGCUUUGAGUGAUUUUAGCACUUAUGCAACCCAAUAUGGAUUACAGAACACAGUUAUUUCUUUCAGUAGAUGCUGCUAUACAGUAAAUAUAUCUUUAACGCUUUGUCUUCCAUUGAAUCAGCUACAUAUUUCUAUAAACAUUUUAGAAAAAUCAAUGAAUACCGAAAUGAGUGUAAUGAACUUUUGGAAUCAAGUAUUACAAAGGAGAUGGUACACACCGUACGCAUAUAAAUUGAUCAUAAAUCAUGCAUUUCAAUAUUAUCCUGUUUUAAUUUGUUUAUGUUGAACUGAAUCUGAUUAGGUUUACUUAUUUCAAAUGCCUUACAAAAGGUACACACCAUUCGCAUAUAAAUUGAUCAUAUAUCGUGCAUUUCAAUAUUAAUCUGUUUUAUUUAUUUAAUUUCUACUGAAUUGAAUCUGAUUAGUUUUACUUAUUUCAAAUGCUUCUUAGCACUUUAUUGGAAAGUAUUAGUUUCUCUAUCAAAAUGAAUAUUAAAAAAUCUAAAUGAAA